AUGGAGGAGACGGGUGAUUCAAAGCUGGUCCCUAGGGACGAAGAGGAAAUAGUAAAUAAUAAUGAUGAAGCUAAAGCGCCUAGUGAUGAAGAAGAAGGAGAAGAUGUAUUCGACUCCUCUGAAGAAGAUGAGGACAUUGAUGAGGACGAAGAUGAAGCAAGGAAAGUACAAGAAGGCUUUAUUGUUAAUGAUGAUGAUGAAAAUGAGGACCUGGGAACAAGCAUUUCCAAAAAAAGAAGAAAGCAUAAAAGAAGAGAAAGAGAAGAAGAUGAUCGACUAUCUGAAGACGAUUUGGACUUGCUGAUGGAAAAUGCUGGUGUUGAACGUACUAAAGCGAGCUCCUCUUCCGGGAAAUUUAAAAGGUUGAAGAGAGUAGGAGAUGAAGGAAACGCGGCCGAAUCAGAAAGUGAAAACGUCGUUGUUUCAAGGCAAGAUUCUACUUCUAAAUUGGAGGAUUUCUUUUCUGAAGAUGAAGAAGAAGAAGAAUCCGGUUCGCGUAAAGGUAGAAAUAGCGAUUAUGGCCGUGACGAAGAAGGUCAUGAAAAUAGGGAUAGAACGGCUGAUAAAGGUGGGAUCUUGGACGAAUUAGAUGAUUUCAUUGAAGAUGAUGAAUUUUCUGAUGAAGACGAUGAAACUAGGCAAAGGAGAAUUCAAGAAAAGAAGCAUUUAAGAGAACAGGCUACUAAGCAACCUACGCAGAUCACUGGUUUAUCGUCAGAUAAAAUUGACGAAAUGUACGACAUUUUUGGUGAUGGUCAUGACUAUGAUUGGGCCUUAGAAAUUGAAAACGAUGAAUUAGAAAAUGGUAACGAAAACAAUGAAGCUGAAGAAGAGGAGAUAGAUGAAGAAACAGGUGCUAUAAAAAGCACUAAGAAGAAAAUAUCUCUUCAAGAUAUUUAUGAUUUAGAAGACUUGAAAAAAAAUUUAAUGACCGAAGGAGAUAUGAAAAUUAGAAAGACAGAUAUACCAGAAAGAUACCAAGAGUUAAGAGCAGGUAUCACCGAUUACGGAAAUAUGUCAACCGAGGAUCAAGAAUUGGAAAGAAAUUGGAUAUCUGAAAAAAUUUCUGUGGAUAAGAACUUCGACGCCAAUUAUGAUCUCACUGAAUUUAAAGAGGCAGUUGGGAACGCAAUCAAAUUCAUCACUAAAGAAAACUUGGAAGUUCCUUUUAUUUAUGCUUACCGUCGUAACUAUAUUUCCUCAAGAGAGAAAGAUGGGUUUCUUUUGACUGAAGAUGAUCUUUGGGAAAUUGUUAGCCUCGACAUAGAAUUUCACAGUCUUGUGAACAAGAAGGAUUAUGUCCAGAGAUUUUAUGACGAAUUACAUGUUGAUGAUCCUAUUGUAAGUGAAUACUUCAAAAAUCAAAAUACUGCAUCCAUUGCUGAAUUAAAUUCUCUUCAAGAUAUAUAUGAUUACCUGGAGUUCAAAUAUGCCAAUGAAAUCAAUGAGAUGUUUAUAAAUCAUACUGGGAAAACUGGCAAAAAGCAUUUGAAGAAUUCCAGCUACGAAAAAUUCAAAGCUAGUCCUCUUUAUCAAGCGGUUAGUGAUAUUGGUAUAUCAGCAGAGAAUGUUGGUGAAAACAUCAGUUCUCAGCACCAAAUUCAUCCUCCUGUAGAUCACCCAAGUUCCAAACCGGUAGAAGUGAUAGAAUCUAUACUAAAUGCGAACAGUGGUGAUUUGCAAGUCUUCACGUCAAAUACUAAACUAGCAAUUGAUACUGUUCAAAAAUACUAUUCUCUCGAAUUGUCUAAGAAUACCAAGAUAAGGGAAAAAGUUAGAUCCGAUUUCUCUAAGUAUUAUUUGGCUGAUGUUGUGCUAACAGCCAAAGGUAAAAAAGAAAUACAAAAAGGAUCUUUAUAUGAAGACAUAAAAUAUGCUAUAAAUAGAACUCCGAUGCACUUUCGUAGGGAUCCAGAUGUUUUCUUAAGAAUGGUCGAGGCAGAAUCUCUAAAUUUACUCAGUGUUAAAUUACACAUGUCGUCACAAGCUCAGUACAUAGAGCAUUUGUUCCAAAUUGCACUUGAAACAACUAAUACCUCGGACAUCGCGAUUGAAUGGAAUAAUUUCCGUAAAUUGGCGUUCAAUCAAGCAAUGGACAAGAUCUUCCAAGAUAUCUCGCAAGAAGUCAAAGACAAUUUAACAAAGAACUGCCAAAAACUAGUAGCAAAGACCGUUCGCCACAAGUUUAUGACGAAAUUGGACCAAGCUCCAUUCAUUCCUAAUGUCAGAGAACCAAAAAUUCCAAAAAUCUUAACUUUGACUUGUGGCCAGGGUAGAUUUGGGGCAGAUGCUAUUAUUGCUGUCUAUGUUAACAGAAAGGGUGAUUUCAUAAGAGAUUAUAAGAUUGUAGACAAUCCAUUUGAUAAGACAAAUCCUGAAAAAUUUGAAGAUACCUUGGAUAAUAUUAUCCAAAGUUGUCAGCCAAACGCCAUCGGCAUUAAUGGUCCCAACCCGAAGACUCAAAAAUUUUACAAAAAAAUACAAGAGGUUCUACACAAGAAGCAAAUUGUCGAUAGUAGAGGACAUACUAUUCCAAUCAUCUACGUUGAGGAUGAGGUCGCAAUCCGUUAUCAGAACUCGGAGAGAGCAGCUCAAGAAUUUCCAAACAAACCUCCCCUAGUCAAGUACUGUAUCGCCUUAGCACGCUAUAUGCACUCCCCGUUGCUCGAGUAUGCUAAUUUAUCAAGCGAAGAAGUAAAAUCAUUGUCCAUUCACCCUCAUCAGAAUUUGUUAUCCUCAGAACAACUGACUUGGGCCCUUGAAACAGCUUUUGUUGACAUUGUCAACCUGGUAAGUGUUGAAGUCAACAAAGCUACGGAUAAUACUUACUACGCUAGCGCGCUUAAGUAUAUCUCUGGAUUUGGAAAACGUAAAGCAAUUGAUUUCUUACAGUCGCUUCAAAGGUUAAAUGAACCAUUGCUGGCUCGUCAGCAAUUAAUUACCCAUAACAUUCUUCAUAAGACCAUUUUUAUGAAUUCCGCCGGUUUCCUCUAUAUCUCAUGGAAUGAGAAAAGACAAAAAUACGAAGAUUUAGAACACGAUCAACUAGACAGCACAAGAAUCCAUCCGGAAGAUUACCAUUUGGCUACUAAGGUUGCUGCUGACGCUUUAGAAUACGAUCCUGAUACUAUCGCCGAAAAAGAAGAGCAAGGAACUAUGAGUGAAUUUAUCGAAUUAUUAAGAGAAGAUCCUGAUCGUAGAACUAAACUGGAAUCAUUAAAUUUAGAAUCUUAUGCCGAUGAACUAGAGAAAAACACAGGAUUGAGAAAACUCAAUAAUUUAAACACAAUUGUUCUUGAAUUAUUAGAUGGGUUUGAGGAAUUGAGAAAUGAUUUCCAUCCACUGCAGGGUGACGAAAUUUUCCAAAGCUUAACUGGUGAAUCUGAAAAGACGUUUUUCAAAGGAAGUAUCAUCCCAGUGAGAAUAGAAAGAUUUUGGCAUAACGAUAUAAUUUGCACUACCAACUCUGAAGUCGAAUGUGUAGUAAAUGCUCAACGCCACGCAGGUGCACAAUUAAGAAGACCAGCAAAUGAAAUAUACGAAAUUGGAAAAACUUAUCCAGCGAAGGUGAUCUACAUUGAUUAUGCUAAUAUUACCGCGGAAGUUUCAUUAUUGGACCAUGAUGUAAAACAGCAAUAUGUUCCAAUAAGUUAUAGCAAAGAUCCCUCCAUUUGGGACUUGAAGCAAGAACUAGAAGAUGCUGAAGAGGAGAGGAAGCUGAUGAUGGCGGAGGCUCGUGCAAAGAGAACACAUCGUGUUAUUAAUCAUCCUUACUAUUUUCCCUUCAAUGGAAGGCAAGCUGAAGAUUACUUGAGAAGUAAAGAACGUGGUGAUUUUGUUAUCAGACAGUCUAGCCGGGGUGAUGACCACUUGGUCAUCACCUGGAAAUUGGAUAAGGAUUUAUUUCAACAUAUCGAUAUUCAAGAAUUGGAGAAAGAAAAUCCAUUAGCUUUAGGUAAAGUCCUAGUCGUUGACAAUCAAAAGUACAAUGAUUUAGAUCAGAUUAUUGUAGAAUACUUACAAAAUAAAGUAAGGCUUUUAAACGAAAUGACUUCUAGCGAAAAAUUCAAAAGUGGCACCAAGAAGGAUGUGGUAAAGUUCAUUGAGGACUACUCUAGAGUAAAUCCAAAUAAGUCUGUUUAUUAUUUUAGUCUGAACUAUGACAACCCUGGUUGGUUUUACUUGAUGUUCAAGAUUAAUGCGAAUAGCAAAUUGUACACGUGGAAUGUCAAAUUAACGAACACUGGUUAUUUCCUAGUUAACUACAACUAUCCAAGUGUCAUUCAACUUUGUAAUGGUUUUAAAACUCUUUUAAAAUCCAACAGUAGUAAAAGUAGGAUGAAUAACUAUCAUUAG